AUGAGAAAAAAAAUAUUGCUUACUGACUAUGAUUGUUAAUUAUGGGACAAUGAAGUGCAAAGUUUACGGGAUUAUCUCUCGAAUUCACUGAGUGUCUAAUGUGAAUAAAAUACAACAGUUGUGAUUUCAAUUGUUGCACAUUAUUUAUAAAUCGAAAAUAAUAAAAAUAAGUGGAAUGGAUUAUGCCAGCACUGUGGAGGACGCGGUGAAGAGAUUUUACUCUACAGGAUCUAAUGAAGCCCACACAUGGAUUCUUCAAGUCCAGGCCUCCACGGAAGCCUGGACUUUUGUAUGGCAAUUGUUAGAUCCAUCAAAGUCCUGGGAAAUACAAUUUUAUGCUGCUACUACUUUACAUACUAAAAUAUCAAGACAAUUUCAAGAAGUACCUGAGAACGAAUAUCCUGUGCUCCAAGCAAGGAUACUCAACAGUAUAAAGAUGCCAAAUACUCCAAAAGUAGUAUUAUCAAAGCUGUGUCAAGCGCUCGCAUCGUUCCUCGCCAAUAUUUACAGCAAUGAAGCAGCAGCAAAAAAUAAUAGUCUCAUAGAAGAAGUGAUAGAAAUGUUGCCGUACAAUUCAACAGAAACUUUGGAUCUUUUAUUGAGAGUGCUUGCGGCUAUUCCCAGCGAGUUCGAACGUCGUCAGGACAUAAGACCAUCGAAAUAUCGAGAAAGUCUAAUCAGUUGUUGGGGCAAAACGACCUGGUUACUUCAACAAGUAUUUCAAUCGUACGAGCGGUCGAGCCCUGGGACCACCGAAGAAUCUUUGUAUCUCCUCAGUCUCGAAUGUACUUUGGCUUGGCUGAAGCUUGGACAAUUAUCCCUCGAUAUUACUGCUCAAAUUUAUCCACACUUUCUUGUGGCAGCAGCCAACUACGCACCUGGCAGAGACGACGACGAAGAAUUGGAUAGCCGAGGUUGGGGAGUUGUACAAGAAUGUCUUAUAAUGGCAGUGACUCACUGCGAACUUUACAAAAGGCCUCAGUUACUCUGGGACUGGUCGAAGGGUUUGGUUUCCCUGGCGCGACAGCACAACGGCAGUGUAUUUUGUCGAGUACUAACUUCACUCGGUGAAGCCGGCAGCAGGUUAUUUUUACUAGCCCUAACCGAGGACACGGACGUUUCUCAUCGAUGGACCUCGGAGACACUUAUCGAAUUGUUGCUCGAAUGUUCCGAGCACAAAGGCCGCUAUCCAAUCGAGGAAAGACGCAGUUGUAUACCGUUUGGUUUUUGGUACGCUUUACAAGACGAUCUCCGUACUUUGGACGAACCUCUUGAGAGCAGAGCUUUCACUGCUUUACAACCGAUUUACGCGAGGCUCGCUCAUGCUCUUUUACGCAAGGCAACUUUGCCCUCAUCUCCGAGCGAAGCAGGCCAUGAUCAGGAACGUGAACUCCUCAGAUGCUAUCGACAAGAUGCUGCUGACACACUCACCCAUUGUUACAACGUUCUUGGUAAAGAUCUACUUGUUCUCCUCGGUCAACGUCUCAGCAAUCUACAAACCGAGCCCCAAAAGUGGACCGAUGUUGAAUCGACCUUGCACGCUUUCAAUGCCCUCGCCGACAGCGUCGGGACCCAAGAAGAUAGUUAUGUCCCAGCACUCAUGGAUCUCAUGGUUUCUCAUAUCCCAUACGGCCAUUAUCCAGGCGAGGUCCUCGCAUGCGCUUGUUCAACCGUCGGUGCGUACGCAGAGUGGAUAGACGCGCAUCCGGACCCUUGGCUCGAACGAGUUCUUCAGCUCAUUGGGCACGGUUUAACAUUGAAUUCCAUCACAUCGACGCCAGCGAGCAUGGCGUUGAAAGACAUUGCGAGAGAAUGCAUCGCGCAUAUGGGGCCCCUUGCUCCGGCGAUAUUAGAAACUAUUGAAAGGACUCUGCCGAAUAUUCCAUCGGGUGGUGGAGAAGGUUUGCGUUUAAUGUACGCAGCAGGAAAAUUGCUCAAUUCUCUGCCAUCGUUGGAGCAACAAAUGGGUCAUUUGGAGCCGACGCUAGGCCCUUGCAUCGGUAGGCUACGAGAGCUUUUGCAGCAUCCGGUUAAUUCGGCGAGAACGGCGGUGGCUAAUCAGUUGAAAAUGAUAACGAUGUUUCUGUCGACCCUCAUGGGAAACAUUGGCAAGGCCGUGCUUGACGGACUGUUACCAAUAUUCUUUCAAAUAAUCGAACACCAAGAAUGGUCCCGAGACGAUGUGACGCUUGAAGCGAUGCACGGCUGCGCACAAAAAUCGCUUCCGUGCCUUAGAAAUCCAGAAACCGAAGCACGCCCCUUAUUGACAAUUCUCGCAACAUCGUACAAAACUCAUCCUCAUCCAUCGGCUUUGAUCCUUUUACGAGAUUUGGUACUCCUCUUUGGUAAAGAUCCGGAAAACAUAAUCGGCCCCGUAUUCGCCGAACUCAGUGCCCAUACCUUAGGUGGAUUUGCUGCUUGCCGUUCGGUCGGUGGCAAUCUUUCGGAUCUUUGCGAUCUCCUCGAAGCUUAUCUACAACUUUUAGCACAAAUUUGUAAAAAGAAUCCGAGAAUGUUGCUCAAAGUGCCCGAUCAAAUACCGGAAAUGCUGCGCUGUGGAAUGGCGUGCCUCAGUCUUCCGGAAACAAGCACCGCCAAAGCAGCUGGAAGCUUUCUUAAUCAUGCCAUAAUGCAGAGUCCACAUUUACGAACUUUCAUUCAACCCAUUGGGCAGGAACUUGUCUGUGUUAUUCUUCAAUGCAUCGGUGGAAGUGUGGCUCGCAUGCAUUUGGAUCCACACGCGGAAGUGUUUUUAGCGUUGAACAAGACUUGUUUGGAAUGGACGAGUCAAUGGUUGCGACUGGCGUUGGCAGAUGCUACAGCGCCGCCGGCAACGGAAGUGCAAAAGCAACAUUUUUCACGAGAAGUCUUGAAGGAGCAGACAAAUAAGUGGCGACUCUGUGAAGUCAUCAAAGAAUUCAGUCUGCAGUGUCAAUGCGUCAAGCAACUGUGACGUAUUAUUUUAACAGUAAGAUAAUUACCCGAGCGUAUAUCGGGGGAAAAACGAAAAACAAAAAAAAUGGUAAAUGACAAAGGCCAACACACUUUUGGCUGUGUCGAAUGAUUCAAUACUAUAAUGUAGAGCAAUCUUGUACUUUGUGAUUAUUUAUUCGUGUCCAAGAAAAAUGUAUUUUGCUAAUCUACAAAGAGCAGAUAUUGCCGUACCUA